UUGAUUAAAAAUAAUUUCGAAAACAAAAGUUCCUGAAUGGGCUGAACAGGUAGUAAUUCCAAUCCAAACCAAAGAACUGUAAAACGUACUCGUACUUGGAACGAGAGAUAUAAUCAACAGAUCAAUGAUGAGAUGGAAGAACCUGAACGACUUCUUAACCCUGAAAACUAUGAGAACCUGAACAUUAAAAUUGGAGAUGAUGUGCAUUCCAAGGAGCUUGAGCUUGAUUUCUCCCAUCGUGAGACCCUCGAGUUGCUUGAAACCCUUCAAAAGAAAACCAAGAAUUCGAAGAAGAGGCUGCCAGACUUGGACGUACUGAAGAUCACCAGCAUGAGGAAGCCUAAAGACCACCGAGUGAAUAUGUUCUUGAAAGACCACUUCCCUUGCAAAGUGGGGUCUUUCUACUUCGACGAGAGCCCUUUGUUCCUGAAUAAGGACUUUGCAGAUUAUCAAGGGUGGACAUUGGAGUGACUGGGCAGGGUCACUGGCUCAGUUAUGCUGUGAGGGUUUAGGAUAUAACCGCCAACCAAUUCCAGAUCAUCAUUCAAAGAAGUAAAGAGAUCCCUUCAGUAACUUUCUCUGAAUGCAAACUGGCAACUGAGAAUCUCUCGUUCGACCCUAUCAACUCAGACGAAAGUGUGGACAACACUGAUAUUAAGUUCAACUGUAAACAACUUGGUUUCAUCCAGUGAGAGAGUUAUUACAAUGACUUGAAGUGGAAAGAAUCAGGAACAGAGAUCAAAUCAAUACUUACUGCUAUCAAAACCUGCACUCUCAAAAACUCGCUCACAGAAAUAACCAUCAAAGACUGAGGCGUGUCCAAGCAAACAAUAGUCAGGCUGAUGCCUGAAGACUUGCACAGAAUCAAGCUGAAAGUGUCAGAAGGCGUCAUUGAAGAGGAAGACAAACAACUUAGUAAACAAAGUGAAGAUAAAAGGAAAAUUAACGGGAGAAUAAAGGGAACCGAAGGAAAAUCAGAGUCUAAGCAUAGUGAUGAAGACAUCGAAGGCGAUGACCAGGAAUAUGAGUCAAGUGAGGAUGACGAGGAGAGGGAAGAAGAGGAGAGCGAAGAGUCUUCAGUAGAGAUUUCUAUUGAAUCCCAAAACUUUUUGUACGAAGGAGGCGAAGAGAAAUAGGGGUUUUGAGAAGAAAAUGGGUGUUGCUGGAUGAUAAUUGAUGAAGAUAACAUUUAGUGAGUUUAUGAGUAAGAAUUUUUG